AUGCCUGUUGUUAAAUUGCUUGUUGACGUAAAACAUUCACAAUCGACAUUGGAUGCGCACGACUGUACUUUAGAAUUGCAACUUGGUGGAGUGCAUGUUGCAACCGUGGUACUCAACGGUAAAGAAACUUUAUGGUAAAAGAAUAAAUAAUUUUCAGUGUAAAUAGGAACUGAUAGGGUUAGAAAGAUUCUUACCGGUUGUUGUCUGUCCGUAAGCUAAUUUACUUGAAGAAAAAAAAGCAGAUUCAGUGCAAAUUUAAAGAGAUGUCAGUUUUCAUUAAUAAAAACUUACGAGAGGAGGCCACCAACUGUCUCCCCGCUUUGGAGCUGAAACUCAGUUGACAAUAGGUAAUCGACCAUGCUGAUUCCGAGUAUCACAAUGAUUUUUGCCCGCAGGCCUCUGGAG